CCCUCCUUCAAACUUCCACCCUCCAAAAAUUCUCCCUGAAAUCCCUACAUUCAAGAUCCCUUCCUCCCAAAGAAAACUCAAAAAACUCUCCCCCUUCGUCUCUUCACUCGCUCAAGCGGUUGAUUUUCCGAUUACUUUUCCGAUCGAGAUACCAGAGCUCCGGCGCCGCUGAAAAUGGAGGACUGCCUCAGGGAGUCCAUGAGGAAAUUAGCGGUGUGGUACACCAAAACCUUCAAGCCAAUCAUGACGCACGAGGAGCUCGAGCCUAUUAUGGCGACCUUAGGUUUCGUCGGCCUCGAACCGGCGGUCAACGGAGCCGGAAUCUCCUGGAAAUCGUACAAAUACUCCGCCGCCGAUUGCCGGAGCAAGUCGGUUGCCUUGGCGGCGGAGGCUCCGCCGACGCCGCGACUGCCGCAUCCGAGGAUCGACGGACUUCACAUAUACACAUACAGAGCGUUUCUUGAUGCCGUCAAUUUCUACCUCGAGAAAUUUGAUAUCUCCGAUCUCUUCCACAUUAGAGGACUGCCAUUGUACCGAAACCAGGAUCGAAACAGGAAGUGGCGACGAAUGGACGAAGAAGGGGGUAAUUUUGUAUACAGAGAAGGGACUCUUGAUCAAACAACACUCAACUCCUACAACUUUCACAAGAACAAUUGGCACAGCAAUAGCAAUAACAAUAACAAGAAGAGCAGCAAGAACAAGCAAGAACAACAAGAUCACAACAGAAAUAUGAUUGAAGACAAUACAGAAGAAGACAUCAUCUGCAUUGUUAGUUUGAAAGAUAUUAUAACCUAACUUAAACUUCUUUCCCCACAGACACCUAUUCUUUAAUUAUUUUUAUGUCAUAUCUUAUGAACAGCAAUUUUGGUAUGAAUUUUGGAAGACUUAAAGAGAUCAGAAUAGUCAAACAGUGAAUAUGAAAUUUUCACUCCUACCGUUGAUUAGAAAUUAGGGUAGGAAAUGGGAAGGCAAUCUUCUGGAUUUUGAAAUUAUUAUUUUUAUGUAGUAGAAAUAUAUAUAGCAAGAAGAAGUCAUAUUUGUAUGUUUUUUUUUUGGU